UCUGGAUUGGUCCCCGCGUCUUCACGCCCCUCGCGCAGUUCCGCGUUGCUGCGCAUUUAAGUGCUGCGACGCUUCCUCCGAGUCCUGCGCUCGCGCUGCCGGACCCCCUGCUGCCAUGUCUGAGCGAGGCGCCUUCGACACCAACGUGGUCACCGUGACCCGGUUCGUCAUGGAGGAGGGCAGGAAGGCGAAGGGCACCGGGGAGCUGACCACGCUGCUCAACUCGCUGUGCACCGCCGUCAAGGCCAUCUCCAGCGCCGUGCGUAAAGCUGGCCUCGCCCACCUCUACGGCAUCGCUGGCGGCACCAAUGUGACGGGCGACCAGGUGAAGAAGCUGGACAUUCUGUCCAACGACCUGGUCAUCAACAUGAUCAAGUCGUCCUUCACCUCCUGUGUGCUGGUGUCGGAGGAGAACGACAAGGCCAUCAUUGUAGAGCCCGAGAAGAGGGGUAAAUACAUUGUGUGCUUCGAUCCGUUGGACGGAUCCUCCAACAUUGACUGUCUGGUCUCCAUCGGCACCAUCUUUGCCAUUUAUAGAAAGACGUCCGACUCGGAGCCGAGCGAGAAGGACGCCCUGCAGCCCGGGAGGAGCCUGGUGGCGGCGGGAUACGCGCUCUACGGCAGCGCCACCAUGGUCGUGCUCUCCACCGGCCGCGGCGUCAACUGCUUCAUGCUCGACCCGGCGAUCGGUGAGUUCAUCCUGGUUGAGCGGGACGUGAAGAUCAAGAAGAAGGGCAAGAUCUACAGCUUGAAUGAAGGCUACGCGCAGCACUUUGAGCCGGCGGUCACCGAGUACCUGCAGAAGAAGAAGUUCCCUCAGGACGGCACGGAGCCCUACGGAGCGCGGUACAUCGGCUCAAUGGUGGCAGACGUGCACCGCACGCUGAUGUACGGAGGCAUCUUCUUGUAUCCAGGAAACGCCAAGAGUCCCAAGGGGAAGCUGCGGCUGCUGUACGAAUGCAACCCCAUGGCCUUCAUCAUGGAGCAGGCCGGCGGCAUGGCCUCCACCGGCUUCCAGAACAUCCUGGACAUCCAGCCCGAGAGCAUCCACCAGCGGGCCCCCGUGGCCAUGGGCUCACCAGAGGACGUACUGGAGUACAUCGCUGUCUGCCACAAACACGCCACGAAGUGAGGCCGCGUGGAGCCGGAAAUACAGGCUCUGCGCGCGUCACCAGUAAUAAACCUGUGUUUCUGAACACAAACAUUCCAAAGAAAACCACCAAAGACCAAACAGGUGCCAAAAACACUGAAUGAAACAGAAGGACUUUAUUCCAUUUGUGCCUUUUGAAUAAAAUGAAUACGUUUGGUGAAGGAGCAAAUAUGUGUAAAAGCUGAAGCUUUAACUGUGAGCUGCUGUUUGAGGUGAUGGAGCUACUUUAAUAAAACCGACUUGGAAAAAGG